GAGGGUCGGGCUUGGGCCCGGCACGGUGCCUAGAUAGCGAGCAUACCAGAUGUCAUAUCACUGCAAGAAUUUUUUUUUAGCUGAAGAAACGAUGAGCCUCCCCCAUGUUUUUAGUCAGUAGCUGGUGGUUUUCAUAGUCGGCUUUUUAUAGCAAAAUUAUCUCACAUUUGGAUGGUGAUAUAGAUAUUUGUGGUUAGCAUGCAGAAUUUUCUUGCAGAACCGUAACCUAGGUAGCUCAGUUAUAGCUCAGUACAUCCUUCAAGUGGGCUGUCUUGUGAGGAGAGUUCUCAGAUUUUGGUUUACAAGGAUGUCCAUGAGCCAUGAAUCAGUCUGACGUAAUGCCAAGUAUUCCUGAAGUGUCAGUUCUUGCUCUCCUGUAGGAUCAGACACGUUCUUGAUUUGGCUUUUGUUCUAUGCCAUCACCUCCCUCUCUGUAAGAUGGGUCUUCAGGUUUGAUAAAGAGCAGGUUAACACUGCCCAGCCUCUGACGAUAGACAGCAAGCUAAAGUGCACUUAUGUUGUCUGCUUAUUUGUCAAGUACUAGUGUUCUUUUGGUUGAUUCACUUUCUGCAAAUCUUUGUCUUUUUUCUUAAUGUCAAUCCAUGUAUUUGUAUCUUUCUGCUCGUGUGUGCAGUGCUGUUGCUUAAAGAAGUUCAGUGUUUUAAUUUCUCCAUUGCUGACUGACAGCUUUAACUUCUGACCUGCAUUGCACAGCUUUAUGUCGUGUUUGCUCCAUGAAGAGUGCCCUAUUUAAUCAUAAAUCUGCCUUUUCUCUUGGGAAGCAGAGAUCCAGGAUCCUGAUCCAGUAUAGCUGAAGUGUUGUUCCACAUACUCAGCAUGCAUAACUCUGUUUUUAUUUUUCUUCCUUAGAUGAUGAAAGUCACACAGAAUUAAAGCUUCAGCAUGAGCAAGAUAAAUCAAACUCCCUUCCCAUUCCUUCGGUUUCCAAGCGGAUUGUGCUUGGUGAUUCUGUGUGUAACGUGACAGGCUCGACUGACCAUGGAGGCAGCAUGGCAGAGCUCAGAGGGGACAAGGACUUGUUUGGUAAAGCCCCAGAGCUGGUCACCGAGGGGACAGGCGAGCUCCGUCACCGUCACAGAGGAGAGCUGCCCUCUGAGGCUGCACCACGGCCACCAAGACACGGCUUGGAGCAGUAUCUGUCCAGGUUUGAUGAAGCUCUGAAGCUGAGGAACCAGCUGAUGAGUGAGAAGCCAAGCCAAGAGAAUGGGAAUGCGGCAGAGGAGUUUGACUCUUUCCGCAUUUUCAGAUUGGUGGGAUGUGCUCUGCUUGCCAUCGGGGUCAGGGCUUUUGUGUGCAAGUACCUGUCAAUAUUUGCACCAUUUCUUACUCUACAACUUGCUUACAUGGGACUGUCCAAGUACUUUCCAAAGUGUGAGAAGAAGGUGAAAACGACAGUACUGACUGCUGCUCUUCUCCUGUCUGGAAUCCCUGCAGAAGUGAUCAGUCGUUCCAUGGACACCUAUAGCAAAAUGGGAGAUGUUUUCACAGACCUUUGUGUCUAUUUCUUUACUUUUAUUUUUUGCCAUGAACUUACUUUGUUUUUUGGCUCUGAAGUACCGUGAUGGCUGUAGAAUUCCACACAGUAGCUACACUAAAACUUUCUGGACUGUGUUCUUUUUAACAUCUGACUGUGCAGGCAGGUCUAAACCUUCAUUAAAAUUCUUACCUGUUGGAAUGCUUGAAAGGGGUCUUAAUGCAGUAAUUUUGGAAAAGGAAGAGCAGGGUCCCUGACUGCCAGUUGUGUUGGUUCAGUUUAUUUAAAUACUGUGUCUGCGUAUUACAAAUGUGAAGGCUAGGAUGCAAGUGUCAGUCGAUGAUUUAUUUGCUUGAGUUAGAUGAUGCCCUUCUCAGCCUCUUUCAUAAACAUUUACAAAGCUGCCUUUGUUCUUUUCAGUGAGAAUAAGAAGAGAAAUCCCUUCAGUAGAACCAUAUAUAUGUGUAUAUCCUGUAUGAUUAUAGCUAACAAGACCUGCUCAUUUUGUGGUGGUUCCAUUUUUUAAAGAAAGCUCUAAAGAAAAGAAAUCCCUGUAUUCUCUUCAAAUGUUCAAGUUCUGAACGUUGAACCAAGCAGCUGCUUCUGGAGAAUGUUGGUGAAACUUGCCACUUUGUUGUCCUUAUCCUUGCCUUGCUAUACAUUACUUGUUGUGAUUGUAAUUAAUUUAAUUUGAUGAUUAUUGUGGAAAAGAGCUAAGCAAAAACAACACGAAGGUCUUGGUGUUUAUAAAAGUCAUUAAUCAAAAAGUAAGAAGAAAGAGAACUAAUCACAUCUCUUUUUGAGUUUCCAGCAACCUAAUUGUAAUGCAGCUCACUCACACCUGCUUUCUGAUAACUUUUUUGUUAACAGUUCAUCUCAUGAAAAAUUUUAUAUAUUGGCACCCAAUCUGCGGUAUCAAAUCUUUGCUCUAGUGUUUGUAAAACUUAAAAGGGAAACAGUUUUGUUUUCAAUCUCUUAUGAAUUUUGCACAGUGAGAGGAAGGGUCAUUCCAAAUAGUCAGUUUAAAUGUUGAUAAUUUCUGAAAAUCUCUAUUGAAGCUAAAUUUGGUAGUGUUUUCAGCUUGUAGUUUUCUGUUUAAAAUCUGGACUUUCAGGUAGUAUAGGCUGAUGCCUAUUUUUAGCAUGGUAAAUGACAUAAUUAACUUGGUAUUUACCUGCAGAGGGUUUUUUAGGGAGCAGAUGUGUUUGAUUGUACCUCUCUAAAUGGCCCAGCUUUCAGCUGAUUAUUCUCUGCUAAUGCAUCCUUCUGUAAUUUUAGUGAUGCCUUUCUGACUUUUAAAUUAGAUACAUGUUUGUGCCCUGAAUACAAGAACCGUAUGUUUUUGUUGAUUUGACCAUUUUCAUGGGGUUUUUUAAACUGGUUAUGUUACAGUAAGUAUUAUAUUGCAGAUGUACAGGGUUGGGCUGCAGAAAAUUCUGACUUGGUUCUGUUAGCACUGAUAUUGAUUUAGCAGCUUUAAAUUUAUUUCUAUUAGAUAGUAAUUAGAGAAAAAUUAAAUUACAGUAAUUUAAGGUUGCGAUAUGUAAAUAAUGAGUUUACUCAAAAAUUACUUGUUCUUAUUCUGUAUUUAUAUGUCCAAAUGCAAUACAAAUACAUUGGAAAAAUCCCUAUACCAGUACCUGCAAAAAGAAAUGGAUUUUUAAUCCUCACCAUAAAAACUUUAAUCGGGUAAAUACUCUUGCAUGGGCAGAGUACCAGGAGGUGCUUGUGUGUAAUUAAGAAAUCUGGAUGAAGAAACGGCGAUCAAGAAACGACCUUUGACCAAGAAAUCAAACUCUUUUAUUCCGUUUUUACCUUGCCUCUGUUGGUGUACAUAGUUCUAUUUAAUGUUUAUUGCCAGACCGAUUGUUUUCUAUUAAAAGCCUCUUUGUUACCCGC